UCUCGAUUGAUCCAGCCCAGACUGUGUUUUGCUGCAGUGAGCAGCAUCCGUGUGCGGAGAAGCGCGUAAAAACGGGCUCGCAAAGACAACAUACAACGAGGAGGAGGUAAAAAAGAGUGGAGUAGGAGAAGGCGCAAAAAAAGGGAGAGCGCAUCACGCACCUGGGAAAAACGCCAACAGCAGAGCUAAGUGGAGACACUGGGAGGCGGACCGUAACGGUAACCUCCAUCAGGACCCCGCCCCUCGCUUCCUCCUUGGAACUCCCCCACGCCCCGCCAAUUGGGAUUCAACAAGCAGGAUAUCGGCGCCACCAAGCAUGGCUUUCCCAUCAACUCUGUUAUGGAUUGUCAGCGUAAUGACGCUACUCUCGACGGUUUGCAGCAACGUCGUCUUUGACGAGGACCCCCUGCAGCCCGUCACCUCGGACGAGACGGUUUCGGUGGGCGGAGCUGUCACGCUGACCUGCCGGGUGGCCGAGAGCGACAACUCGUCACUGCAGUGGUCCAACACGGUGCAACAGACGCUCUACUUUGGCGAGAAGAGAGCGCUGCGAGACAACCGCAUCCAGCUGCACCGCUCCACGCCCACCGAGCUGUCCAUCAUCAUCUCAGAGGUGCAGCUGUCCGACGAGGGAGAGUACACCUGCUCCAUCUUCACCAUGCCGGUGCGCACCGCGCGCGCCACCGUCACCGUGCUGGGCGUCCCCGAUAAGCCGCACAUCUCCGGCUUGGAGAGUCCAGUGCAAGAGGGCGGCACGCUCAUCCUGACCUGCACCACCACGGGCAGCAAGCCCCCUGCCAGGCUGCGAUGGUUCCGCGGCGACCUGGAGGUUCAAGGGCGGCCGGACGUGGUGGAAUCGGUCCCGGACGAGCCCACGUACAACGUGAGCAGCGAGCUGACGCUGGAGGUGAGCCGCGCCGACGACAACCAAGUGGUCACCUGCGCCGUGGACCACCCCUCGCUCACCUCUGGAGACAAGAGGAGCGACCAGGUGCUCCAGGUCUUGUAUUCCCCGAAUGUUGAGAUAGCGCCCGAGAGCGAUCUGCCUCGCGAGGGGGAGAGGUUUCAUCUCGAGUGUUUGGGCAAUAGCAACCCUGAGCCAUCGUCAUACAUUUGGGAGAAGAAGGACGGUGAGCUCCCCCCGCUGGCCAAAGCCGAGGGCAACUUGCUGCGCUUCGAGACGCUCAACAAGUCAGACAACGGCGUGUACCUUUGCUUUGCCGACAACGGCAUUGGGAGCAGCAUGGGCGAGUAUGUGCUGUUGGUGCAAGACCCGACGGCCAUGUCGACGUCAUCGAGCGUGGACCACGCGGUGAUCGGCGGCGUGGUGGCCGUCAUCGUUUUCAUCCUGCUGUGCCUCCUCAUCGUCUUCGGGAGAUACCUCAUCAGACACAAAGGAACGUAUUUGACCCACGAGGCCAAAGGCUCGGACGACGCACCCGACGCCGACACGGCCAUCAUCAACGCCGAGGGCGGAAACUCCGGAGCCGAGGACAAGAAGGAGUACUUCAUCUAAGGAGGAAGAGGACAGGAAAAGAAAGGAGUGGAGGAAGGAAGGAAGGAAUGAAAGCAGAAGGCGCAGGAAAGAACAAUCUUCCAUUUUGUUUUCACCACUCUCAGUUGGUCGAGGGAGGGGCGAAGUUGGGGGUGAGGACUUUGUCUGCAUCGAUACAGGGACGUAAGAUUUGCACUGACACGCACGCACGCGCACACACGACGACUCACUAACACCUUCUUGUUACGUUUCCAUGCUUUUCUAACUAACUCCAAAAUUGUAACUUACAUUCCUUCCCGAGUUGCUUCCGACAUGAACCCGGCCGGCCUGCACCCACUCCAAGGACAUCCUCCCCCUUCCUCCCCCCCAAAAUGGUACGAGCCGCUGCCAUGCACCAGCCCCGAGGCCUCUCCAUCUACACUACACACCUAUACAUAUAAAUAUAUAUAUAUACAUAUAUAUUAAAAUAUAAGCAUUCUUUUUACUGGGCGGAACCGUGUCGGGCAUGUGGGCCUGUAAAUAGAAAAGGGGGGGGGGGACUUGUCGCUCAUGCAUCUCACUUCCUCAAAUACUCUUAUUGCGUGCAGAGUAUCUGAAAAAAUACAAAAUAAAUGUCAUAAUACAAAAAGUACCAACAGUGGUGUUGCAAUGUAAACUAACUUCGACUGCAAAUAUUUGUAUCGGUUUUGUUUUUAUAUUGUUGUUUUUUAUUUGAUUUAUUUUUUAGUUGAACGAUAGAACUAACCAAAACCACUCAAACUAACCCACAGAGUCCAAAGCUGCUCACGCAAAAGCAGACGGGCAUGCCUCCUGAAACACAUUCCUUGCUUGACACUUUCGAACCGUGCACAAUACAAUACAAAACCAACCAGAAAUCAUUCAAAGAGUCAAAAACAAAAGUUCAUGAUAUGUUUGGCCAUAACAUCGUUAUCAAUGGAUGCAAGCGCUUCUCCUGCUAGUUGAUCUUGCACCGUAGGAAUGGACUGAAAAAAUCCACCGACUCAGGCUGGACUGGACUUAUGCAACCCUGUUUUAGGCUCAGUGGUACAUUCCGGUUCCCGUAACGUAAUGUCACGUUGGCUGGGGAAAGCCAAUGUAAUCUUGCUAAGAGGCUGUGGGUGCUGCGCCAAGGCAAAGUCACAAAGUCAGCCAACAACUUCCAUGUCCUCGUCUCCACGUUCAUCCAUUUCUUUUCAUUCUUUAAUCACUCAGCCCGGGGCGGGGCCAGGCAGGGCUGCGUCCUGAUCCCUUUUGGCCCCUCCCAAUACUGCCCUCACCUUCCAUAUACGUGAUGUGCUGCUUUUGUGGUGGGCUGCCCUCCCUCCCUCCUCCCCGAAUUUAUAGCAUGUAUGAUCGUAUGCUUGGAGCGGAUGCAUUUAGUCUGGAAAAAUGAGUGUAAAAAUCCCCAUCACAUGUUGCUUAGGAAGUCUUCACGGAGAGAGAAGCUGGUAUCGCUGCAAAGUGUUAAUACUUUUGUCCAAAAUCCACAUGUUCUUUCAUGUGGUGUCCCAAUUUUUUUGUCGUACUUCCUGUCGGUAUUUGGUGAAAAAAAUGGUCUCCGCUGAACACCCAAAAAAAAGAAAAUCACAUUUCUCCCUUUCCACUUCCAGGAGGUGUUCUAAUACUUUGUAUAUGUUUACCAUUUUUUGUUUUGGAAUGUUCAGGGAAUCUUCGUUGUAAUCCAGUAAACCCCGCUGCCAAUCAAAACCGGCUUAUUUUUUGUAUGGUUUUUGUUCUCCGUAUGAACACGAGCUGCUAAUUGAGAUGGAUGUUGAUGUUGAAUGCAACGCUUCCUCCCUGUGUUCUGUGUGAAAGACCCUGCCUGUCAAAGACAGCUUUUUUUAUUGUGCAUUUGCUGUUCUCUGUACAAAACCGCAAAUUUCCUGUCCUUGGAGGGCAAUGUUACUGUGUGAAAUGUAUAUUGGGGGUAAAAUGGAUGUGUGAAAUCACACAGUUGCCCUGGACUUUCACACAAAACUUAGCAAAGAUCCUCGUUUGCUGCUUUUGUGUGAUAUUGACCAAUAUACGCUGUUAAUUUCCCGAAUUUACUGCAAAAACUUUUUUUUUUUAUCCCUUUGUUUACUGUUUUCCGUAUGAAAGGUGACAAGAAACUGCAAAUUCCCUAACUGCCUGUCGAUACUGUUUUGUUGUUGUUUAGCUGGUUUGUGUGUGAAAAGCCCCCAAACGCAGCACUAAUUUUCCGUCAACGCAUCAAUUACGUAUGAAAGGUUCCCAGAGGGACUGCUGAUUUUUUUUCUCUAUUUGUUUUCUGCGACCGACUGAUUUGAUGUAAAAACCCCUAAUUCAUUUUUCAUUCCAUUUUUGUUCUGCCUGCAAUUUUGUCUCAUGGAAAGUCCUGCGUGAAAGGCGCUAGCGACCGUAUGGUAGUCUAGCUUGCGUCCUACCAUAUGGUCAGCUAACCGCUACAACAAAGGCGUAUAAAGUAAAAUGUCAGGCGAUUUGUAGCAAUUCUAGCGGAACCCAACACUUGUUUUGUUUUGUCCUCUGCUGCUGGCGUCUGCACACCAGAGGGGGCCCUGUUGUCAAACACCCGAGAUGAAACGCCAAGAAGAAGAAUUAGCUGCGUUGUGCUACCAAAAAGUGUUGUUUUGUAAAAACAUUUUUAAAAUAAUCUGCAAAAAACCCAGCGGACCUAUAUUUGCCUGUAAACAGUCGUCCUGUCCUUCGUCUUAGCUAAUGUGCUAGCAUGUAGCUUGCAUGAGAACCAGUGAGGUGGUGUGUAGUGUAGUGCGCGCGGGACAAAAUGUCCGCCGUCCUCUGGUCUGCAGACGCUGUUCCAAAAUGUUUUUUAUUAUUAUUAUUAUUAAAUUAUGUCAUCUCUUUUUCUUUUGUUUGAUUUAUUUUUUUAGAUGUUUAGAUGCUCCUAAAACUGUACUGUAGAUUUGUUUUUUUGUAUAUAGUAUUUCAUAUCACAACAUUUGUUAAUUGGUUGAAUGAUGAUGUCACCAAGCCGCAUGCUGUGGUUGGCUCCUAUGUUCAAAUUGUACUUAUUUUGAUUUUCUCCUUUAGUUAUUUUUUGUUUGUUUGUUUGUUAAAAAUACAGUUUUGGGUUGUUGACUACAAUAAAGAUGCAAUUGGGUUAAUCUCA